UUACCAAGGUUAAAAUCGAGGACGAGGUGAAUUUCUCUGUAUAAAUUGAUGAUUUCAAAAAUCAGAAUUAAAUAAUUUUUAAUCUGUCAAUGGAGUUACUAAUUAGGAGUAAUUUGUAUUCAGAAUCAAAUGAAAUUAAAGGAUUUCAGUAUUUUUCUGCCGUUUAACCUCCAAACUUUACAAAAAUAGUAUACUUUUCGGAUGAAUAAAUAAUUCGGAUUAAACCAAUGAAAAGCAUAUUUGCUGCUUCUAUAGGGCCCGCAUAAAGGCAGUAUCGAGUUCAAUGCAGUCGUCACCGAUAUCGUUCUCAUUGAAACAAAUAAUGAGGCAGAAUUAUUCACUGACAUUGAGAAAUUUGUCCAGGACAAGAACAUGUUCAGCACCAACUACCUUAGAAAAUAUUUUUAGUGAUUGCAAUAGAGAAAAUGUAGUUGCUAAAAUGAAGAAUGCUAAACCUAUUGCAAGAUUCGAAAAAGACAUGAAAAAGGGUCGUGAAGCAGCGAUACUUGUACCUAUGUGUCAUAUAGAAGGAGAGCCAGCUUUAUUGUUUAUGAUGCGGUCUAGAUACUUGAAAAAUCACAGGGGUGAAAUAAGUUUUCCAGGUGGUAUGAAGGACCCUGGUGAUAGAGAUCUCAUUCAUACAGCAUUAAGAGAAACAUUUGAGGAAAUUGGUCUAUCAGAAGAUUGUGUGGAUGUUUGGGGAACGCUUCCUGCCUCACCUUCUAGGAACGGUGGAUGGGUGACACCAGUAUUGGGUUAUUGUAAAGAUAUCAAACUUGAGGAUCUUACUUUAAACAAGACAGAGGUAGAAGAAGUGUUUGUACGAAAGAUCUCAACAUUAUGUGACCCAUCAAAUCAAGGUUCCACACAAUUCAGGUACAAAGACACUAAUGGAUACACCUUGCCGGUUUACUUCGGUGAAGAUCACAGGAUCUGGGGUCUAACGGCUAUAUUCAUUCAUCUGUUAAACCUACUUGCACCAGAACUGUACAAGUUUAAACUGAGACAUAACAGUUGCUGAUGGCUGUUUAAUAGUUGAUUUUCUGUUCAGUAUUUAUUAUAAAAAUCCUCCACAAGUGUUAAAUAAUAAUAUUACAAUAACACCUC